GAUUGAACAAUAGCAGCAACAAAAUGUGAUCAUAUCUAGUGCCCCACCCUGCUUGUUAAUCACUGCAAUGAGAUAAGCCAAAGGUCAUGCAGCUUCCCACUCCUUUCUCUCCUGGUACCUGCACCUUGGGGGCAGUUUGCAACUUAUUUCCUUUCUAUUUUCGUGGAAUUAUAGUCUACUAAAAUUCCCUUGAGAUUUGCUCAGUCCAAUGGAAUUCAAGAAAAGUGGGCCCUGAUAUACAGCAUAAAUGUCUAAAUCUUGACUCAUCACCUAUGUACUAGGUAGGCACAGCAGCAGCUUUUAUAAUAACAUAGUUCAUUUCAUGAUUUAAAAAAAUUUUUUUUUGUGAUUGAGAUGUUGAUCAGAGGAAAUGGAUGAGGAAAUUUCAGUAGCAAGUUCUGUAGUAACGGGGUAGGAAAGUGUGAUUCAAUCUGGCCCUAUGUUUGCUACUGGGGGACGUUUGCUUUUGGGCGACGCUUGCUGCCCUGAACCUGGGCGUAUUGUGGGUGCAGAAGAGUUGCCUUUCAUUCCUCAACUAAUUUAUCUGCCGUCGUACCCCUCAAAACCAAUCACCUUGAUGACGCUGUGCGGUCUGGUCUACGCUAUUCUGCGACGGGGUCGGGGCAAUCUCCAGUCAGGUUUCCCAAAUCCUGACCCAGUGCUCAAUGCCUCAGUAGCUGCGCAAAGCCCCGGUGUUGGACGCACCAGAAACUAGUGCUCGGCCGAGUGCGCCUGGCCACUCCCAGAACUACUUUCAGAGGAGAUUGCAUCAAGGGAGGGGGCCCUGGAAGGUGUUUAAAAGGGGCUUGACUGGGUGGGUCCCUCCAGUGCCUCUACAGGACUCCAGGAGACAGGGAGGCAGUUCUCGCUGAAGUUCCUUGCUCGUCUGGAGGCCCAUCCUCAUCAUGUCUUCGAAGGAGUCUCUUUCUGGACCUGCUCCAGAGUGUAAAGAAGGCCAGAGGCGCAGGAGAACCAAGUACGACAAAAACCAGUACAAGAUUCUUUUCGAGGCUUUCCAAAGUGACGCUUACCCUGAUAUUAAUAUCAGAAUGGCUCUGGCCAAGCGAAUCAAGGUUCCUGAGCCAAGAGUCCAGGUGUGGUUUCAGAACAGAAGAGCUCGAGAUCCUCUCUGGAAAACAAAGAAGGGAAAGGCACGCCCCCAGGUUCCAGCACCCAUUCAUAGAAGAGUUGGUGCCGCAGCUCUAAGACCCAGUCACAGAGGUCUCUGUGCCCCCAACUGCCCUUGCCAGCAGUGUCUUCUGGCGGCCCAGAGGGAUGCCAGUUUAUUUUCCUCAAAGCCAGGAAAUGCUUCUGGUCAAGCUGGUUUUGGGGGGUAUGUUGGUAACCUGGGCAUGAAUAUGGCCUCGCGUAACCUGCCGACGGCAGCUGAUGAGCCUUCUGGAGACCUGCGCUACUCUUUCUCCUCGAGCUUCAACCUCCACUAUUUCUCCUCAGGCUUCAACCCCACAGUUCUCACGGCUUCCCCACAGUGCUCUCCACAACUGGAAGCUGGCCGUGCAGAGACUUAUGUGGCGGGCCCUGAACAGCUCCUGGCUCAAGGGAACGAGGCCCCGCAGGGAUACGGGCAGUGUCCUCCCUCUGGUGAGCAGCAGCCAUGGGGGAGCUGGCAGCCUUCGCCGGCUCUGGAGCCAGAGAUGGAGUUCGCGCAGCCACCAUCCCAGAGCCUGGAGGCCGCUGUGCCCCCGUGGCCCUGUUGGUCACUUCCGCCUACUCCAGCCUCGUCACCCCCUCAGCCCCCUCUGCCCCAGGAGCUGUGUUCCCAUCGUGCUCCUCAGCCCGCUCUGAUGAAGGCACCUGCCCACAUCAGUAGCCGGUUCCAUCCCUACCUCUGA